CCAAGUGCAACAGUCUGUGCCCCAAACAUGGAGGUAAACUGUUGCCCUCGAGUCAUAUGACUUCACUGAACUGGCUCCGCUGCUGCUUCUUUUAAUACGGCAGUGAAAUUGAAAGGUGAAUAGAAAGCUGAAGUGAAACCGCAGCGUAUUUUCUGCCUGGUUUGUUUAGACUUUCUGGUGUCGCUGCACAGUCAACAGACAGCACGUUUUAUUUUCUGACACACAGAGUGAGCAGGAUAUCCUCCUGGUUUUUUUUGUCUUCUAAAUUUAAUGCAACCAUUGUAAAAAAUCUGUGAUGUCAGAGUGUGAUUCUUCCUGCAAAUCAUAUCGGGAGAACAGCAAGAAUAUCCAUCUGUACGAAGGAUGUGAGGGUUCAGGGGAUGAAAACAGGAGGCUGAAGAGGAGAGAGAGGAACAGAGUUUCAGCAAGAAAGAGUCGGAACAGACAAACGCAGAGAGCUGACCUUCUGCAUCAGACCUGUGAGCUGUUGGAGCAAAAGAACAGAAAGCUGAGGAGCGAGGUGGAUUCUCUCUCUGAAGAGCAGCGCCUGCUGAACAACGCCCUCGUGGCACAUGAACCCCUCUGUCCCAUCAUGCAUUGCUCCUUCGCCUCGUCCACCUCGUCCAGCCUGCAGCCUGACACCAGAGAAAUCCACUCUGUCUGAGGCAAGCAGUUAUGACUCCUACCACGCAGUAUGCAACAAAAUCAUCUGAAGAUACACACCGUGUUAUAAUGCAGUCAACCUCCAGAGGGCGCCCUUCACCAUGCUCAGAGACAAACUGUCUCUUCAACAGACAAGAGGACUGAACACGUACUGAACUCACAGUGAACUUAUAACCAGAGUGAAGAGCGCCCUCUGCUGGUGGAGCCUGUUACUCAGCUAAUCAGGUCCAAAAUGUAAAUACAGUAAUAGAUAUUUUCCACACGGCACCUUCUUUUAUAUUACAAAAAAAACUGGUUUGACUAAAAAUUCUGUUUGAAAUAAAUAUUUAAAUAUUGAGUCUAAAUU